CACACAUUGAUGAGGUGUUCAUCAUGGAAGCUAACGAAGCAGACGGAAUUAUUUCUUUUAUAGCAAGAAGUAUUGGUGCUCAAGAAAAUGCAGUACGUCUUUUAACAAGUCUUUUUCUUGGUUAUCCCUUUGCGUUCUUCCAUAGACAGUUCCUCCAUGGAAAAGCAGCCAUUUUGCAGCAUCUUUAUUUUAUAUCAGUAGGACUAUGGAUCUGCUAUUUCAAUUUUGGGUUUGCAGUUAUUCACUCUUUAGCUAACAUACUGCUGAUCUAUGUGCUACUUGUGACUGUGGGUGGAACACAGCUCUCUGUGGGCCUGGCGUUAAUAGGAAAUAUGUCGUAUCUUUUAUAUGGUUACCUACUUCCAAAAGACACUGAUAACUAUGACAUUUCCUGGACCACCCCUCAUUGUGUGCUCACACUUCGCCUUACCUCCCUUGUGUUUGACAUCUAUGAUGGUAGACGAAAGCAGAACAAUGCCAAACUCUCAGCAGAACAAGAAUCAACAGCUUUAGACAAGGUGCCAUCUUUAAUUGAGAUUCUUGGGCAAACUUACUACUUUGGGGGCUUCAUGGUGGGACCCCAGUUCUCCAUGAGACGAUAUUUAGACUUUGUGAAUGGAGAAUUCUCUGAUAAAAUAACAGGUGGUCCCCCUGCAAGUGUAAAGCCGGGUCUGUCGAGGCUAGUUCUAGGAUUAUGUUAUACCUUACUUUUCCAAAUCCUUUCUGUAUAUACACCUGAUUCAUAUCUCACAGAUCCAGAAUUUCUAAAUUCCACGUUGCUCUACAAACUACUUUACAUCCUGAUUUGGGGAAGAGUCUUUCUAUUCAAAUACAAUGGCUGCUGGCUCAUCACAGAAGGAGCAUGCUUAGUGACAGGUCUUUCAUAUAAUGGGAAAGACAAGAAUGGGAAUGAUCUCUGGGAUGGGUGUGCGAAUAUCAUACCAUAUUACUGUGAAGUAGGCGAUACUGGUCAGAAACUCAUACAAGGAUUCAAUAUAAACACCAAUCUAUGGAUGGCAAAGUAUGUAUUUAAACGCCUUAAAUUCCUUGGCAACAAAGAUCUCUCUCAACUGUGUACUCUCUUGUUCCUAGCUGUGUGGCACGGCACAAACUCUGGAUAUUUCAUCAACUUCUGCUUAGAGUUUCUCAUCAUUAAAUGUGAAAGAGAGGUUGGAAGUGUUGUAGAUCUUAAUCCCACUCUACACGCUAUACACACAAGCAAGCUCACAUAUCCCAUAAUAUGGUUCAUCAAGCGGUGCUGCAUUCUCAUUGGUCUAGGAUAUGCUCUUAUUGGCUUUGCAUUACUAGACUUUGACAAAUGGUUAACAGUAUACAAUGGUACUUACUGGUUGCCUUUUAUCAUCUACUUAACUGUCCCCAUAUGGAAAGUGCCUCUAAAAGUCAUCUUCCCUCCAGUAAAGUCCAGGCAGAAUGGUGAGCAAAAUCACAAUACAGACAAACAAUCCAAGACAGAGUAAAACAUAUAACUAAAACACAGUCAGCAUGUAUAUUUAAAAACAGGGAGCAGCCAGUCCUUAGAACACACAAAUCAACACAUGGGAUUUUUAUUUUCAAGGUUCACUCCAUAGAUUGUUUUACUGAAUAGUGUAAUAUUAUUCAUAUAGUGCACAAACAACAUUGCAUUGAAAUAGUCAUGCAGUUAUUAAGCCAAUAUCAAUUUCAAAAUGAUAUUACCAAGUUUACUGUCAGUUUAGAAACCAAAGAUGUUAUUUUACCAAUAUUGACAGAAAAGGUAUGUGUUUAUCCAUAGGUUUGUCACGUGUCAGUGGUAUAUGUGUCCUUGUUUUAUCUUGAUAAAGUGACUAUUCCAAGUCGGACCACGAAGCCUGAUGAUCUAGACCGUCUAUCCCAUUGACAUAACCAAAAUAUACAACAUGUAAGAGACUAGGUCAAUAUUUCAAUGUUCAUUUCAGAUUGACAUUUGGUACCCUUCCCUCCAAAUCAUUGUAUUGAUAAUUUAUUGAGUUUAAU